UCUAAAACUAUUUUAAAAAGUGUAUCGUCGUGUCUUUUGGUUGUGAAUUGAAGAGAUUUUGAAUAACAAAAAGUGAAAUUAUAUUAUUUUUUUCUGUUUCCUUUUUAAUUUGAAAGAUCCUCUCUUCUCUCUCAUCUCGCUCACCGGGAAAACUUCGCUGUCCAAAUCUCCGGUCAUUUCUCCGAAGAUCUCUUCGAUCAAUCCAACGGUUUAAUUUCACCAUCUUCAGAUCUCACAGAACAUACUCGAAGAUUGAUGUAAGAAGAAGUGUAGUGGAAGAAGAUUCUUCUUCGUUGUUGUUGUAAAAGCAAGCAAUUGAAUCUGAAAUACUUUACAGAUUCAUUCAAUUCAUCUUCCAUUUCGUUUCACGCUUUGAUUCAAUUUGAGUUAGGGUUUCUAAAAUAGAGAGAAGCAACAACUUAGGGUUUCUAUAGUGCGUGAAGAAGCCAUGUUUAAGAAGAUUAUGAAAGGUGCACAUAGAAAAGCCUCAAGAACUGAGGCGAAUGAUUCGUCAAUGUAUGGAUUUGAUCCACCAGGUCAUGGAUCCAACAACAAUAUGGUUGUAAAUCACGCAUCUCGUGGUUCACUGCUUCCUUCUUCUUCUCCAACGGCACAACAACCCCAUCCUCCUCCUAUGUAUUCAGUCGAGCCUCUUCCUUUAUUCAGAGACGUUUCUGUUUCCGAGCGUCAAUCCUUGUUCUUGAGAAAACUCCAGAUUUGCUGUUUCCAGUUUGAUUUCACAGAUACGUUGAAGAACGCGAGGGAGAAGGAGAUUAAGAGACAGACUUUAUUAGAGCUUGUUGAUUUUAUUCAGUCUGGUGCAGGGAAGCUUACUGAAGUUUGUCAGGAAGAAAUGGUUAAAAUGGUUUCGUUUAAUAUAUUCAGGUGUCUUCCUCCUGCUUCACAUGAGAAUACAGGUCAAGAGCCUGCUGAUCUUGAGGAAGAGGAGCCUUACUUGGAACCAUCUUGGCCUCAUUUACAGCUUCUUUACGAGUUGCUGCUUAGAUACAUUGUUCCUUCUGACACUGAUACUAAAGUUGCUAAACGUUAUAUUGACCAUUCCUUUGUGUUGAAGCUUCUUGAGUUGUUUGAGACUGAAGAUCCUAGAGAAAGGGAGUAUUUGAAAACGAUUCUUCAUAGGAUUUAUGGCAAGUUUAUGGUACACAGACCCUUUAUUAGGAAAGCAAUGAAUUAUAUAUUCUAUAGGUUUAUCUACGAGACUGAGAGACAUAGCGGGAUUGGGGAGCUUUUGGAGAUUCUUGGUAGUAUUAUCAAUGGGUUUGCCUUGCCAAUGAAGGAGGAGCAUAAGCUUUUUCUGAUUAGGGCGUUGAUACCGCUGCAUAAGCCGAAACCAAUCGCAAUGUAUCAUCAGCAGUUGUCUUACUGCAUUGUUCAGUUUGUGGAGAAAGAUUAUAAGCUUGCGGAUACAGUGAUCAGGGGAUUGUUGAAGUUUUGGCCUGUGACAAACUGUACGAAAGAGGUUCUCUUUCUUGGUGAACUUGAAGAGGUUCUGGAGGCAACACAAACUGUUGAGUUCCAACGCUGUAUGGUUCCUCUGUUCCAACAGAUUGCUCGAUGCCUCAGUAGCUCUAAUUUUCAGGUUGCAGAACGAGCUUUGUUCUUAUGGAACAACGAGCACGUAGUAGGUCUAAUUGCUCAGAACAGAAGCGUGAUCCUUCCUAUCAUAUUCGGUUCGCUGGAGAAAAACACAGAAUCUCACUGGAACCAAGCAGUUCACGGUCUAAGCGCGAAUAUAAAGAGAAUGUUCAUGGAGAUGGACCCUGAACUCUUUGAGGAUUGCCAGCAACAGUACGAAGAGAAACAAGCCAAAUCUAAACAAGUGGAAGAGCAACGCCAAGAUAGGUGGAGGAGAUUAGAUGAAGCAGUAGAGGAGCGAGAAAGAGAAGAUCCUAUGAUCACUUCUUAGAAGAAAAACAGUUUACCAAACAAAUCAUCCAAUUAAUAAUAUUCUUUCUUUUACUUCUUCACAA